AUGAAUGUCAUCGAUCAUGUGCGGGACAUGGCGGCUGCGGGACUACAUUCAAACGUUCGUCUUGUGAGCAGCCUGCUGUUGACCAUGAGCACAAACAACCCGGAGCUCUUCUCCCCGGCUCAGAAGUACCAGCUGCUUGUCCACCACGCCGAUGCCAUUUUCCACGACAAAGAGUACCGGAAAGCAGCCUGCAAGUACAACAUGGCGCUGCAGCAGAAGAAAGUGCUCAGCAAGACCUCCAAAGUGCGUCCGUCCAGCACAGGUGGCCCGUCGUCAGUGCAAGCCCAGAACUUGCCCUCAGAGAUUGAAGUGAAGUACAAGAUUGCGGAGUGUUACACUAUUUUGAAGCUGGACAAAGAUGCAAUCUCUGUGCUGGAUGGGAUUCCCUCAAGGCAGAGGACUCCGAAGAUCAACAUGAUGCUGGCGAAUCUGUACCGAAAGGCGGGACAGGAGCGAUCUGCAGUCACAAGCUACAAAGAGGUUCUGAGACAGUGUCCCUUAGCCCUGGAUGCCAUUAUUGGCCUACUCUCCCUGUCGGUGAAGGGAGCCGAGGUGGCUUCCAUGACGAUGGAUGUUAUUCAGACCAUUCCCAACCUGGACUGGCUUUCCGUCUGGAUCAAAGCUUAUGCCUUUAUCCAUGGUGGAGACAAUCACAGAGCUAUCAACACAAUCUGCUCUCUGGAGAAGAAGUCCCUCCUCAGGGAUAAUGUGAACCUGUUAGUGAGCCUGGCGGAUGUCUACUUCAGAGCUGGAGACACCAAGAACGCCAUCCUGAAAUUUGAACAGGCACAGAUGCUGGACCCUUAUCUGAUCAAAGGCAUGGAUGUGUACGGCUACCUGAUGGCUCGCGAAGGACAUCUGGAGGACGUGGAGGUUCUGGGGGGCCGGCUGUUCAACAUCUCCGACCAGCACGCCGAGCCGUGGGUCAUAUCCGGGUGUCACAGCUUCUAUAGUAAGCGCUACUCCCGUGCCCUAUACCUGGGGGCAAAGGCCAUCCAGCUGAACAGCAACAGCGUUCAGGCGCUCCUCUUGAAGGGGGCAGCGCUGCGCAACAUGGGCCGCGUGCAGGAGGCCAUCAUUCACUUCAGAGAGGCCAUGAGGCUGGCGCCCUGCCGCCUGGACUGCUACGAAGGGCUGAUCGACUGUUACCUGGCAUCCAAUGGCAUCCGUGAGGCGAUGGGCAUGGCCAAUAACAUUUAUAAGACCCUGGGUGCCAAUGCGCAGACUCUGACCAUCCUGGCCACGGUGUGUCUGGAGGACCCCAUGACACAAGAGAAGGCCAAGACUCUUCUGGACAAGGCCCUGGCCCAGCGCCCAGACUACAUCAAAGCCGUGGUGAAGAAAGCAGAACUUCUUAGUCGAGAACAGAAAUAUGAUGAGGGCAUUGCACUCCUGCGAAGUACACUGGCCAAUCAGAGUGACUGUAUGCUCCACAGAAUGCUGGGAGAUUUUCUAGUGGCUGUUAAUGACUAUCAGGAGGCCAUGGACCAGUAUAGCAUAGCACUCAGCCUGGACCCGAACGACCAGAAGUCCCUGGAGGGCAUGCAGAAGAUGGAGAAAGAGGAAAGUCCCACCGAUGCCACCGUGGAGCUCGACGGCGACGACAUGGAGGGCAGCGGAGAGGAGGGUGACCUGGAGGGCAGCGACAGCGAGGCUGCGCAGUGGGCCGACCAGGAGCAGUGGUUCGGAAUGCAGUGACGCCACGUGCUGCCAGCUCCCUCCUGCCUCGUAUCACUGCACAAUAGGAUUCCCAGAGCAGCGCUGGUAACUCUCUACGAGAAUGAUUUGAUAGCCAUAGUAUAGACCCAACAAAAAAACACCACCACACAAACUAGUGCGGCAGCAGCGCCCCCUGCAGGCUGUGAGGGGAGCCUGAGCUGGUGUAAGCAGAAAAGGCUUCUUUUCAGCCGUUUCAGGUGCUUUUAAAACGCCAUAAAAGCGGCCUCCCUGAGCACUGCGAAUCACUUCACACCAUGCAGAGGGAUCACAGCGCUAUUACUCCCGUAGGUCCAACCCUAUGUGACGGGGGUGGGGGGCCUCUACAUCCUUUAUGACCAGGUAGCAGUGUUUGACAUCUGAACUAAGCAUAUCUAUUUUGGGCGUUCUUUGUUAUUCAUCCAAGGUUGUCCUACAGAGCUCCCCUCCCUCAUGCUCUUCCUGCCCCUAUCAUGCCAUGUACUAUUGGACUUAGUGAACAUGAUCUUAACUCGUAUAUUUAUAAUUCUGACCCCUGUAACGGUCACGGAAGCUACCUGCCUCUUGCAGGGUAGCCUCCGCUCACAUCUUUCCAGAGCAGUGAGCCACCCACCCCUCCACAGUCGUGUAACGUAGACUAAAGUGCUCACUUUGGUGUCACUUAUUUUUAUGAUGUUUAUAACAUUGUAUGGUAUUGUGAACUGUGAAUAAUACUAUUUUUGGAAUGUUAAAAUAAAAAUCAUGAGGUCCUUUA